AUGGGCAAGGCAAAGUACAUCAUGCUCGACUGCGACAACACGCUUGUCCAGUCAGAGCGCUACGCCUUCGAGGCCUGCGCUGACCUCACCAACGAAGUCCUCAGCAAGCACAACAUCGACGCCAGGUACACGGCCGAGACACUGCUUGAAGACUUUGUCGGCCACAACUUCCGCGGAAUGCUCAACGGCCUGCAGAAGAAGCACAACUUCCAGAUGCCACCCGAGGAGAUGGAUGACUACGUCCAGCAGGAACUGGGUGCCGUCACUCGCAAGCUGAGCCAGAAGGCGGUUGAGUGUCCUGGCGUGACUGAGCAGCUCAAGUGGCUCAAGGAGCAGGGCUACCCCAUGGCCGUUGUGUCGACUUCAGCCAAGAGCCGUGUCGUUGCCUCGAUUGAAAAGGCGGGCAUCGACCACUUCUUCCCCAACGAGCACGUCUACUCGGCUGCCACCUCGCUCAACCCGCCCUCGUCCAAGCCUGACCCCAAGAUCUACCUGUACGCUGCUGAACAGCUCGGUGUCAAGCCAUCCGAGGCUGUGACGGUCGAGGACAGCAAGAGCGGUGCCACGGCUGCCAUGCGCGCCGGUAUCCCCUGCAUAGGAUACGUUGGCAUCUACGGCAUCGAGGAGGGCAAGGAGAAGAUGGAAGAGAUGGCCAAGCUCCUCACAGAAGAGACCAAGUGCGCGGCCAUCAUGUACGACUGGAAGGACUUCCCCGAGUGCCUCAAGAAGGUUGAGGCUUCCAUGUGA